UGCUGCUCAUCGCAGGAAAAGAUGGAGCAAAGACGAACCUCCUAAGAUGAGGAUCAUCCUUCUGGGGAAGAGUGUGUCAGAAAACAGUGGAGUGGGAAACUUCCUGUUGGGACGAGCAGCGUUUGACAGUGAAGCUCCUCCAGAUGUUGUAGAGAGAGUCGGAGGAAGAUUGAAGGACAGACAUGUGAUGGUCAUCAACAGUCCUCAGCUGCUCCAGACAAACAUCUCAGAUCAUCAGAUCACACAGACGGUGAGAGAGUGUGUGAAUCUGUCUGAUCCAGGACCUCAUGUGAUCGUUCUGCUCCUCAAACAUGAUCAGUGUUUAGCAGAAGAUCAAGAGUGUGUGGAGAAGGUGCUGGACUCUUUCUCUGAGAAGGUUUAUCAACACACCAUGGUGCUCACCACACAAGAGCCCACUGAAACCAAUGACAUCCUACAGAAGAUCAUUCAGAAAUGCUUCUACAGACACUUCAGUCUUCAGAGAAGCAGCUCUUCUGAUGAUCUUCUGCAGACGUUUGAGGACAUUGUGAAAAUAAAUGAUGGACGACAUCUGGAUUGUGCUAAAGAAGAAGCUUCACAGUAUUUCACAAUGAAGAAACAAGCCACAGAAGGAUUUUCAGAGGGUGUGAAGCUGAAUCUGGUUGUGUGCGGGAGUGACGGGACAUUAAAAUCCUCCAUAUCAGAGCAGAUCCUGAGAGGCGUGGAGCUUCAUGGACGUCAGAUCAGUCUGGUGGAUCUUCCAGCUCUGUUCAACACUCGUCUCUCAGAGGAGGAAGUGAUGCGUCAGACUCUCUGCUGUGUGUCUCUCUGUCAUCCUGGAGUUCAUGUUUUCCUCCUCAUUAUUCCUGAUGCUCCACUCAAUAAUGAAGAUAAAGCAGAAAUGGAGGAGAUCCAGAGGCUCUUCAGCUCCAGAAUCAACAAACACAUGAUGAUCCUCAUAAUGCAGAGUUCAGAGCAUCAGACAGCAGAACUCGAUGCAGAAACACAGUCUGUCAUUGAGAGAUUUGGAGGUCGACAUCAUUUCUUUGGUCCCAACACACAAGUGUCCACAUUGAUGGAGAACAUUGAGAAGAUGCUGGAAGAAAACAGAGGAGAGUUUUUCUCCACAGAGACAUUUCUGGAGGCGCAGAUGAAAAAACUGAAGAAAUAUGAAGAGAUGAAGAAGAAAAUUUAUUCACUAGAAACGCAUUUACUGUCACAAGGUUCAAGAGAAAAAACAGAUGAAGUGAGGAUUGUGCUGCUGGGAAAAACCGGAGUUGGGAAAAGUGCAACUGGAAACACAAUCUUAGGAAGAGACGCAUUUACAGCAAAAACAUCUCAAGAAUCAGUGACUAAAGAGAGUCAGAGAGAAACAUCUGAAAUCAACGGCCGACACGUUACUGUGAUCGACACUCCAGGACUGUUUGACAUUGAAGUCAAUAAACUUUCUAAUCAGGAUAUCCAGAGAGAAAUCAGCAACUGCAUUUCCAUGAUCCUGCCUGGACCACAUGUGUUCAUCAUUGUGCUCAAUUUAGGACAACGAUUCACUCAAGAAGAAGCAACAUCAGUGAAGAUCAUCCAAGAGACAUUCGGUGAGAAAUCUCUAAAGUACACCAUGGUGCUCUUCACCAGAGGAGAUUAUCUGAAGAACAACACCAUUGAACAGUGUUUGGGAAAACCUGGAUCUCCUUUGAUGAAUCUGAUUGAAGCGUGUGGAAACAGAUUCCAUGUGUUCAAUAAUAAUCAGACUGGAGACCGAACACAGGUGUCUGAUCUACUGGAGAAGAUAGACAACAUGGUGACAGCGAACGGAGGGAGUUUCUACUCAUGUAAGAUGUUCAGAGAGAUGGAGAGAGAAAAACAAGAACAACAGAUCAAGAUCCUGAUGGACAGAGUCAGAGAAAGAGAAGAGGAGAUGAAGAAACAUGAAGAAGAGAUGAAGAGAGAACGAGAGAAAUAUAAAAAUAAAAUUGAGCAACUAAAGCAUGAAAAAGAGAGAAAAAUAAAUGAAGAAAGAGAGAGAAUGAAAAGAGAGAAAGAAGAUCUUCAAUCUAAACAUGAAGAAGAAGAAAACAAGAUAAGGAUUCUGAUGGAGAAAAUGAACAGAGAAAGAGAAGGAAUGAUGAAGAAACAAGAAGAAGAGAAAGAGAGAAUGAAGAUGAAGAUGGAUCAAGAACGACAGAAUCAUGACAAAGAGAGAAAGAGAAGAGAAGAAGAACAUGAGAAACAUGAGACAGAGAUACAAGAUAAGAUGAGACGAGAUCGAGAGACUUUUAAACAUGAAAAAGAGGAAAUGAAGGAAGAAACAGAAAAAGUAAAAACAGAAAAAGAUCAACUUAAGAUCGAGUUGAAGACAGAAAAAGACAGACUGAGAACAGUGUUACGGUGUGUGGUGGUGUUUGAGUCCCAGUCCCAGUACCAGAUCCCGUACCUGAACUCGUGGUCCGUCUGUUUGAGACUUCUGUCGUCAGGCCUGGUCUCUUCCAUCCACCAGCCAGGGUGUUUUCCAUCUUCUACCUGA